GCUGCGCUCGCGGUGUGGUUCCCAGGCGCUCCGCUCUAGCCGGUGCGCUCCCAAGGAUAGACACGGACGCUGCUGGGUCCCCGAGGAGCGGAGGAGCUGCUCACGGACCAGGCUGCGGCAAUCUCACGGCCAGCGGAGAACCAUCCCUGCCGCUCCGCGUCGGGGCUGCGAGAGGAGGACAAGGGCAUGCUGGGCGGCGGCAGUGACGCGGGCCUGGCCACCGCCGCUGCGCGGGGACAGGUGGAGACAGUGCGGCAGCUCCUGGAAGCCGGCGUAGAUCCCAACGCCGUCAACCGCUUCGGAAGGCGCCCGAUCCAGGUCAUGAUGAUGGGCAGUACCCAGGUGGCAGAGCUGCUGCUGCUCCACGGAGCGGAACCCAACUGUGCUGACCCCAACACUCUCACCAGACCUGUGCACGAUGCGGCUCGGGAGGGCUUCCUGGACACACUAGUGUUGCUGCACAGGGCAGGGGCACGGCUGGAUGUGCGUGACACCUGGGGCCGCCUGCCGGUGGACCUGGCUGAAGAGAAGGGUCACCAUGAUAUUGCAAUAUAUCUGCACGCUGCCACUGGAGACUGAUGGCAGAUUCCCUCAGCUUUCUGUCAGGACUUUUUUUUUUUCUUCACCCCAGCACCAUCUAGGCAGACUGGCAAGCACGAAGGGGAGCUGUGUGCAACCUGCAAGUCUUCCCAAACUCAAAGCCUAUCCAGGAAGGCUAAGCCAAUCAGAAAUAACUUCCUAAGUGUUUUCCUGCAUCUGGCCCUCUAUUCUCACCCUGAAGCCAAAGGGAUCACCAAUUUGAUUUAGUUUUGUGUGAUGUUCCAGGGGCCCUUUACUUUUCAGAACUUGGGGUAAAAGAACAAGGGAAGUUCUUGAAUCUCCACAAUAAGAUGUUGCAGUGGGAAGUGGGAAUUGGAGAGUGUGGUGCCUGACAUCUGGAGGGAGCAGUCAGUACCUUCCCCUGUGAACUGCAAAAGCAGAUGACUUACAGGCUAGAGUGAAACCCUGAAUCAGAGUAGGUGGGAGGCACUGAAGUGCGCCUGGGGCUUGGAGCCACUGUUACCCGUGGUGGUACACCUGCAAAAUGGAAUUCUACUGAAACUGGGGUCCCACCCCUGGCUCCCCCUGGAAAAUAGUGUUAGAGGACAGCAGAUUCCUGCUGUACUCUGUUCAACCUACACAAAGUCCAAUGGUGAAUGGUAGUAUGUAGCAAUUUGCUCUAUGUGAAACAGUUUAAGAACCCUAAGGGAAUUUCCUACAUUUGAGCUCUUUAGUAACAGUGUAUUGAAGGAAUUACAUUUUUAACAGUGUAUCUUCUGGUCCUCAGCAGAGGUGAGACUGAAGUACUGCUUGUUUUUGUUUGGUUGGGUUUUUGUUUCUUUCCCUUCUUUCCUUCUUUUUCAAGGUCCUGCCUUCUUCUGUAGCUCAAGCUAACCUCAAGUCAGGGUACUCCUGCCUUAGCCUCCUAAGUACUGGGCUUGUAGCAGGCACCCCUUCUGGAGUAUGGCUUCAUAGUGAAACUAUGACAGACACUCCCAGUGGCAAUACACAGCCUGCUUUCAUCCUUGACCUGUUUACUUCUCUGUUCAUUGUUUCCCCUAUAUAGUGUCUCAGGGGAACUAUUCGAGAUGUCCUUGGGCUACUUCCUAAAGGUUAGGCAAAAGAGGUUGAGUAUGAGCUUACUGAAAUUAAAUGACAACUUGUGAGCUGCUUUGCUUGUCUACUGAACAAAUUGUGAACACACUCUGAGGGGCUUCCAUUGUGGCUUGGUUCAUUAGAGCAUUGAAACAAUUGAUACAUCCUUGUUUUAAUAAAGAAUAAAACAGUAUAGGUAGACUCCAAACUGUGA